ACGUAUCAAGUUCAAUGUUUAGUUCUUACGCAAAUAUCAUAAUGAAAGUAGCUGUAGUUAUUUUGGCCAUUUUAGUGGAAGCUUUGGCAAGUCCUUUGUCAGAAGCUCCGCUCGUUGUAGAUUCCAUUUUGGAAAGUACAACCCCUUUACCAGCCGCUCUGCCAAUCUCAAAUUUGCCUUCUCAAUAUUCAAAUAUUCGUGACGAUUUAGGUCAAUAUGCUCUCAGUUACUUGGCUGAUCGGAUUUCCCAUGUCGAGCAAGGAUCUUUGAAGGAAGUCAAUGGGGCAGUUGUUUUGGUUAAACGAGGCUCAUAUGUUUUCAUUGAUAAAGAUGGCAAAAGGUACUUAACUUCAUACAUUGCAGAUGAAAACGGCUUCCGGCCAGUUGGUGACCACAUUCCAAUAAUUGAGGCAUAAAUUGAUACCAAUAUUUUUAAAGACUUGUACAUUUCUCACAUUAGUGUUAUUUCUAAUAUAUGCAAUUUUGUUGGAAAA